AUGGCAAGACUUGUGCAAGUGUUUACAAAAACUGUGCGCCGGUUUUCGUCGGCUUUGUACGUAACAGGUGAUAAAGCGCAACAUCAUUUUGUUGUUCUCACGCCUUUUGUUGAUUUUGACGAAAUACUAAAAAACAAAAAUGAUUUAAUUAAAAGUAUAGAAGCGCGUAAGCUGACGAUUAACUUGGAUAAAAUUGAACAACGUUGGAAUUUUUUUAAGACAAUUGAUGACCACAAAACCGUCCUUGAAUUCACAAGAUCAGAAAUACAAAACUUGAUAAAUAAAUUGAAACAGGACGGGGAGGAAAAAAAUCAGAGUGACAUAGAAAAAUUAUUGCUUCAUAUUAAAGUAGUAAAAGACGAUUUAAAAAACGUGAAAGAAUUUACCUACGGGCUCGAAGAGAACGCAAACUUGGGUGUUCUCUCGUUACCUAAUUUCUUACACCCUAAAACACCCCUUGAUUCUCAAACAAUCAUUCAUGAGUUUUUAGAGCAGCCUAAACCGAUUCAAGAAAAUCACCUCCAAAUCGCUAAAUCCCAAAAUUUAAUUGAAUACACAAGCCCGACUCUCUGUUAUUUGAAAUCAGACGCCGCUCUUUUCGAAUUUGCCAUAACAAAUUAUUUCCAAUCAAAUUUAGUAAGCCAAAGCUUCACCCAAUUUUCAAACGCUGAUUUUGUCCGUAGUCUUGUUGUCGAAGGUUGCGGGACCGAUUACUUGGAUAAAAAUAAAAUUUUCACUUUGGACGGCUCAAAUAACGAGAUCAAUCGGCUUCAUUUAGUCGGGGGCGCCUCUUUGUAUUCUUUCAUGGCAUAUUUCGCCAAAAAUUCAAUACAGUCGGCUCUGUUGCCUCUGAAAUUUUUCACACUGGGGCGCAAAUACAGCCCUGGAAGUGGCCCCGAUUUACUUAAUUUGAGCCAAAAUACAGUCGGGCAAAUUUUUGUAGCUACUAGCAACAACAGCAAUGAAAUUUUUGAUUCACUGGUACAACAAAUUCGGGAAAUUUAUGAACCUCUGAAUUAUCACUUUCGAUUAGUUUACGCUCCCGCUGUUGAUUUAAAAGUGGGCGAGAGUUUGAAAGUUUCAAUAGAAAUGUUUUCGAAUUAUUCAGGAACAUAUGUAGAAGUUGGUUACUUGUCAUUGUAUGGUGACUACAUAAGCAAACGUCUUCUCUUUACUCAUGGUAAAGAGAGGAAGUUUGUUAAUGUUAUUUCCGGCGAAAUUUUGAACGUUCAAAGAUUCCUAGCUUGCGCUUUAGAAAACAGUUAUAAUCACAAAUCUUUGUUACCAAGUUUGUUACAAAAAUAUCUUUAAUUAAUUUAAUAAAAAAAACUUAAAAUAAA